GCAGUGAUCGGAAUGAUAUGGCUGCAGCUGGAUGUUUAGUUUGAUCGUUUAAUUUGUGAAGGAGACACGUACAAAUGUGAACAUCUCAACCUUCAUUGCUUACGAAGCCGAUGCGUAAGAAUCAUCCAACUUUAUGACUUGAAAGAUCAGUUCACUGGUUUGCAGUAGAAGAAAAAAUGUGGAAGCGUACUUUAAUGACAUAUGUUGGAAGUCUAUCACGGCCUACAUAAACAAAAUGGACAAGAUAUCUAUUUUAUUCGCAACGCCUUUUAUGCGGAUUAUAUAAUAAAAAAUAGUAGUAGUGUGUGAGAAGCUCUCAUCAUCAUAUUUCACCAUAUGGUUACGGAUGAGAGGAAGUGGAACUUUUAUUAAAUCAAGGAGAACCUGAAUCCGGGAUGGCGAAGCAUGUCUUAAAUCUUAAAUUGAACUGUGUUGCUAUCUGUCAAUAAUUGAUUAAUUGGGCACUGGCCUGAUUCUUAGAUGAAACGAAUUUCAACGACAUCCUCUUUUCAUUUGCCUUUUAAUCACUGAAGAGUUAUAAUUGGCUAACCGAUAUGGAGUUUACGAAGCUUUGUUGUCUUUUAUUAAUUGUUACCUAUCAAUAUCUUCCAAUCAAAUGAAUAAAGCUGCUGAUUUGAUCGCCAUGAACACAUGUUUUGAAAGGAUAUACAGUUAUUGCACACCUCUAAUAAUCAGCGCCGGCCGCACAGAAACAUUGUUAGCCUAACAGAGUGCUAACAGUAAGCCCAGUCACAUCUUUCGGAUUGUGAAAUCAAAACAUGUAUUUCAAUGUGUAAGUAAUGCAUUGUUGUAGCAUUAGGCAUCGCUGCCACAUUACCGGUUGUAACAGGGCCUCUGUUAGCGCAUUGUUAGCGCUAACAACGUUUCUGUGCGGUCAGUGCAGAAAGCUAAAGAUCACUUUCAAUUUACAGUUGAAGGAAAUAUCUGAAAGCCUUGGUAAAAGGCACGGUCAUCGAUUUAAUACAUUCAAACGAAUAGAUGGAUGCAUUCAACUCAACGGCUGGGCUUGAGGGGGAAUCAUCCAGCAUAGUGCCAAUUGUCGUCGCUGUCGUUGUGAGCCUCGUUGUCGCAGCGACAGUCACGGGUAACCUAUUGGUGAUUCUCGCGUUCUUUACGACGCGCCGUCUCCGGACAUACAACAACCAUUUCAUACUCGGAUUGGCCAUCGCGGAUUUUCUCGUAGGUGCUAUCGGCAUGCCGAUGUUUGGAGUGGUCUUUAUCCUCGGUCGAUGGCCGUUUGGGGCAAUUUUCUGUGAUAUAUUUUCGUAUUGCGACCACGCCUUCAGUCACAUAAGCGUGGUCUCUGUAACGAUCAUCAGUCUCGAUCGCUUUGUCGCCACCGUUUAUCCUCUCCAUCAUCGUUCUCACUGGCGAAGUCGAUCACAAGCCCUCCUUCUAGUAUCAAUUGCGUUUCUAGUCCCCCUGAUAACUUGGGCACCUCCAACUAUCUUCUGGAGUCACGUGCAUAUUGGGAGUGAGAACAAUACCUUUAUUGCCUCGAAAGAUUGCUUACCCGACUACUUGGUGAGUGAUUUCUUCAGCAUUCUAUCUCCGGUGUUGUUUUUCUGGAUUCCUUUCACUAUCACAACGUUAUUUUACAUAAAGAUAUACAGCGUCAUACAUGCUGUCGUAGUGCGAAAGGGUAACAACUGGACAAUGCGGAAUUUAACCAGGCGAAGAUGUUUUCAGACUGAAGAUUAUAAUCUACCAAGAAAACAUAGUUUGGACCAUGCUGACUUAAGCGCGAUGCCGUCCGUAUUUAGUUCCAGCACUUCCAGGGAAGUGAAUGGCAAAGGAAAUAUAUCAGAGAGGAAAACGGAAUGUCCAUCAGAGCGAUAUUGCAAACAGAGAAGCUUCCUCUUGCCAUUGGAUUACAAAUGUUCCAAUUUUGCCUUCGUAAACAGUGCCUUCGAACCUGACACUCAAGACAACCUAACCCAAAAUGCUCUGGGUCGUCGAUGGGUUUCUGAGCAAUCAAUGAACACAGUUUCUUACGAAGCGGGUGCAUCCGUCCACCGAGUAACCCAUAAAAGUAGAUCUCACUCUGCUUCUUCAGUAUUUGACAGAUUUAGAAACGAACGAAGCAGUAGUUGGACAGUUGAGCUCGCUAGUAGCAAAACAGAUGCAAAUAAGUGCCAUACAUGUUACGGAAACAUUGGUUCUAGUUUCUAUACGAAAUCAAAUACUCCCAAACAGCUUUUUGAUAGACCAACUGAUCUUCAAAGUAGACCUACUCCAUCGGAUAUUAACAAAGUUAGUAAAUCAUGUAUAGACCUAGAUAGUGAUAAGUGUUACUUUUCAAAUAGUUUUGAUUAUAUGAGUUAUAGCAAUAGUAUGGGUAACGUAGGCCUAUCCAAUCAAGUGAUCAUCACUAAAAGCCUUUCGCCUGGAGGAGCUUAUGUGACCGUUGGUAGGACCAAUGAUGUAGUAAUGGUCCGAAAGUUACCUUGCAAAUUUAUGAAGGAUUGCCGCAACCAGAGAUAUAUAGAUAACAGUGAAAUAACACGUUCAGGUGAGUUGGCUACCACUUACUCUAUGCCCCAAGAGACAAACUCUGGAAAUAACUUACGGGGUACGACCGGAAGUGGGUUCAUCCAAUCGAGGAAGGCAUUGCAAGGCGAGUAUUUUGUAAAUGGAAGAAAGUCGAAGGUCAAGACUAACUACACAUCUGAAAACGGUGAUAAAAUAGAAGACUUUGUCGAGGAAGGAUCAUUGAUAAUUGACCCACAAACUUCUACCAAACCUCAAAGUUUGUCUGGCAACUCUGGCAUAUGGUGUGGUGAUGACAGUCAACAAGAUGUGCCCCUGGAUGGCAUCGAUGAUAUGCCUCAGUUAAUCAAAAGCACAGUGACGGAUAGGCGACUCAAACAUCAGAACACAAAAGGGAUUCGAACUCUGGGUUUCAUCAUCGUGGCCAUGUUUAUUACUUGGGCGCCUUGGGCUGUUAUCGUCAUCAUCUUAAGUUUGUGUGAGGACUGCAUUCCCGAAAUACUCUACUCGGAUUGGGUGCCAGAUGCUGUUGAUGUGGAGGCCAGGGUCUUGAGGCACAGUGUGGUGUUGAUGUAUCUCAAUGGCUUCCCUGACCCUUCUGGUAUUCCAGUGCCGGAUGUUGGUGAUUAG